UAUUAGGUUACUUGGACGUCCUGGCCCUGCCCAAAUAACUCAAGCAGCAAGACAAAUAAAUAGAGUCCCACAUAAUUUGAUUGUAAUUGAAAGGUUUUGUCGAUGUAUUUAAGGAAUUUGGGGUACCCUUCCCAACUGAAAUAUUUCGGAGCAGGUAAUUUGAAGGCACAGAGAGUGGACGUGAGAACAACGACAGCAGCCACUGUUAGCAGGCAUUAGCAAGGUGUCAGAUGCUACCAUAGUUAGCUUAACAGAUGUAAUAACCUGGCAGAUCGAAGAAAAAGUUAUUUCAGAGUAGCUGUUUUGGACUUGUAAUAUAAUGCCGAUCAGUUACUAAUUUUUGUAUGUGUUACGUAGAUAUAAGCAGACAAAGGCGAAUGUGUUUAUGUCUGUGUGCUCCAGUGCGUUGUUGUCAUUUAAGCUAGCAAGAGGACGGUAGCUUAGUUGCUACACAAACGACAACAAACCACCAAACUGGACAAAACAUUGGAUUUAGUCGGGUUUAAAUCGGGCUCGGCGGGUUCGCUGACCCCUCAAAAGAAAAUGAAAAAGAGGAAAGAGUUGAACGCCUUGAUCGGACUCGGAGACAGCAAAAGAAAGAAGGCCAAAAAGGGAUCUGGUCAUCGGCUUCUCCGAACUGAACCGCCCGACUCGGAGUCGGACUCGAGCUCAGAAGAUGACGACUUCAACAACCUCAACAGCGGAGCCAACUUUGGAAAAAGAAGCUACACACAGUGCUGCAAUGUGUGCUACCCCUUAUUUCUGUUCAUCAUACUCGCUGCUUGUGUCAUGGCCUGUGCUGGACUCAUCUGGAUGCAGAUUGCUCUGAAGGAAGAUCUUGACACACUUAAAGAGAAACUGCACAGUAUGGAAUCCAGCCAGAAGGUGUCAUCAAGUGAAAUACCAAAAUUAAGCGAGGACCUGAAAAACAAGGAGCAAAAACUUGAUGAUAUUGAGAACGGAGGCAAGGGGUUGAGCAAAAUCUGGUCCAACAUAACAGAAAUCAACCGAAAGAUCACUUUGCUGGACUCUGCUGUUAACAGUUUGAAGGUUAACUUGAAAUCAGCUGCUGAUCUAAUCAGCCUUCCUACAACUUUUGAAGAGCUUCAGAAGAGUGUUGCUACAAUUGGCAGCACGUUAACGAGUGUACAACACGAUGUAAAGACUAUGCAGACUGCUCUUGAAAAUCAGAAGAAAGAUGAUGACUUGAAGAAGACGAUGGAUAUAACAGACCUCAGAAGAGCCAUGGGAGAGGUAAACAAGACAGAGGAGCAGCACCACACAUGGACUGAUUAUCAGAUCCACAUCCUCCUUUCUACUGUGGCAGAUCUUCAUCAAAGAGUGGCCUCACUGGAGAAUGGGUCAAAGCACAGUUUGCAGAAUAAUGAUGCAGAGGUCCCACUGGCAAUCAGCACUGAACCUCCGGCAAGUGAGAUGGUGAAAGAAGCUACAACAACCAAAGCACCACCUGCUGAUGUGAAAGAGAUGUCCACACCACUGACAGAGGCACACACAAGCAGACGACCUCGCUUCUUAUCACCAAACCGGUCUAAGCGGAAUGCUGUCCCAAAAUGUCCAAAGAGGGUGUCCCUGUCUGGAGUCAGUUCCCUGAAAGACUUGGAAGAGAUCUUCCAGCAGGCAGGUGUUGGACGUGAUUCACUCGGACUUACCUACCAACAGCUGGAAAGAGUGUUUGGAACAUCAACUCCCAGUGAACAGGCCAUGAAGUGCUUUGACAAUGACGGGGACCAGAGGUACUCCCUGAUGGAGCUGAAAGAUGCUGUGGGUUUGUGAGGACACCAUCGCUGAUAUCUAUAAACAGUAUUGAAUACCCUGCAGGGUCUUGGGGCUUCGGGUUCACAACUAUUUCUGGAAUUGCUGCACUUUUUGUGAACUGAAUAUUUAUCAUACUGAUUGUGGAAAAAGUGGGGCUUGCAUGCCCUCUACGCACUCCCCAUCCCCAGGCAUUCAUUUAGACCUGUCAGUCACAAAGUUUUGCUUCCAUUUUAACUGUAAUCCAUAAGAGUAUCUGUAUGAAAUUCAGCUCUAAACCAUGGAAAAUUGGUGUGAAAUAUUCUGAAUCUGAUUCUUUAUCCUUUAUCUUUGACAUGUUGUGUUCAUUGUACUUCUUUUCUCUCUCUCUCUUUGACUACCUGUCUCAUCUUGAUGCAAUGAUUUUGUUUUUUGAACAGUUUUAGGCUUUCUGAGUUUUUUUGCAGAUGCCCCCACCUGUCUAUACAAAAACCAGGUACAACUUACCUAAACCUUAUUUAUAGGACUGGAGAUAGACUUUUAUGAAUGUUUACAAAUGACUACUAGAAACACAGUUUAUGUCAGGCUUUAGUUGUGUUUUUAGACAUUUUCCUAACUUAUCUUAAACAAGUAUAUGUAAGAGUCAAGACUUUUGUAUGUUUUUCUAAGCUAAAAGCUGAAGCUUGAUUUCCCUUUGUUCUGUGUUCUUUCUCUUCACCAAGUUGUGAUUUGGGUAAACCAUCUGUGUAUUUUUCUGUAGUUUCUUUGCUUGUUUGUUGCAUUAUCUUUUUUCUGAUGUUUUGCAGAUUUGAAGGGCUAUGAACACUUAUGAGUCACAAAGAAUCUUGAAAAUAGCUAUUCUUACGACAUAUGUAGCAAUAAUGAAAAAUCAUAGAUAUCGCUUUAGAAUUGCAAUAGAAAAGGCACACUUGGCUCACAGAAUAUAACAGGUAGUAUAAGAUGCACUGACCAUCAUUCUUUACUUGAUUAAUUUUAUUACAUUUUAAUGGUCUAAUAAUGGUGUAUUUACAUAACAAAUGUAUUAAUUGUGUACAUGUAAAGAUGUCAACCAGUUAUCUUGUGAAAGGGGUUGGAUUGUAAAUUUAGCUUUAGUCUUAUUCAACUUUGUUCUUUAAAAACAAUUCAGUUGUGCUUUGCAUGUUGCUUUUAAUGUAACAUGAACACUUUAUUUAUAAAUUUAACAUAGUCAACUACUUGUUUUUGCAGGACAAUGUUAAAUUGAGCUGAAACGUAACAGCUGUGGCCACCAUGACUUUUGGGUCCAUGCUGCUACUGUACAUGAGUGGGGAUUUAUGAAUGUCUUUUUGUUUGAGCACCAAUGAAUAAAGACAGUUAAAGGUU